AUGGCGUCAAACUUGCUGUCUAGACUUCUCCCUUCGGCUUCAGACGAGCCAUACGAAGACGAGCCACUAAAUCCCCACCACCGCCGCGACUCCGCCUCGACCGAUGAGCAGCACGAGAUGGACAUAGACGAGGAGAACUUUGGCGCGCGCUUUGAGGAGCAAGACCUGGCACACUUGCUCGAGGAAGCAUCGUCAAGUCAGAUGAACCCUGAAAGCCGCGCCGUCUCCCCAGACGUCAAGCGCAACGCACCACCAGGCCACCAUACUGCCGGUCGCAUACCAGCAUGGAGACAGCCUGCUCCAGCCCGCACCGUGCCUUUAGACGAUGACGAUGAUGUCCCACAGUCUUUGCUUCUCGAAGCUGGACAUGAACCCGGUCCAAGCUCAAACCAACGCAAUGAAGGUCUCCCUAUGCCAGUGCCAGGCCCGACAACGCGACAGACACGGGCACAAUGGGAAGCCACACGGACCCAGCAGCGACUUCACGUUGAGGAUAGGAGUGGUGGGCCUUCACGGCCCUGGGGACAUACCAGUAGGCCCGGGCAUUUUGCAGCAGACCCCAAAGAGAAGGCCAUGUGGUUGUGGGUGAACCAGACGGAUCUAGACAGCUACAUGACUGAGGUGUACGAAUACUACGUUGGAUGCGGCAUAUAUUCCAUCCUCCUACGCAGGCUUUUGACACUCGCCCAAACAGCCUUCGUUGUGGGAUUCAUGACCUUCCUCGGAUGGUGCAUCGAUUACUCCAAGUUGCCCUCGAGCAACAAGAUGAGUCAGGUCCUGGUGCCCAAAUGCGCUGCAAGGAUACAUGGCUUUUGGAUUUUAGCCCUGUGGUUCUUCAUCAUUUAUUGGCUCUACUCUUUUUACAACAUGGUCACAGACAUACCCCGGCUUCGAGCCAUGCACGACUUCUACCACCACCUACUCGAUAUUCCCGACCGCGACAUUCAAACAAUACAGUGGCAGCAGAUUGUCACACGGAUAAUGGCGUUGCGAGAUCUAAACCUGGCGACUGCUUCAAAUCUAUCCCCAGAAACGCGUAAGUUGCUUGACUCCAAGAGUAGGCAGCGCUUGGAUGCCAUCGACAUCGCAGGCCGUCUGAUGCGACGCGACAAUUACCUGAUUGCCCUCUUCAAUAAGGAGAUACUGGAUGUUACAGUCCCUCUACCAUUCUUGGGCAACCGCUACAUCUUCUCCGAGACCACCAGAUGGCACGUCAACCUUGCCAUCAUGGACUUUGUGUUUAGUGGACCGAAUGGCCAAUUCAACCCGGAUUUCCUCAAAGAGCGAAAUAGACGCGAGCUGGUUAAGAGGCUCAGGACUCGCUUCUUCUGGACCGGUAUCAUCAGUAUUAUCUGUGCGCCUUUUGCGGUAGUAUUUGUGUUGGCUUCGUACAUGUUCAAAUACUUCACAGAGUACCACAAGGAUCCCGGCCAACUCUCUAACCGAGACUUCACGACCUUUGCCCAAUGGAAAUUCCGCGAAUUCAACGAGCUUCCUCAUUAUUUCGCUCGCCGCCGUAACAUGGCAUAUCCAUAUGCAAAUCUCUACCUCGCCCAGUUCCCCAAGGAUAAGACUGAACAGGUUUCCUCCUUCGUUGCAUUCGUUGCUGGAGCAUUUGCAUUCGUUCUUGUAGUAUUCACACUUCUCGAUUCCGAACUAUUCCUCAACUUCGAAAUCACGCCCGGCAAGACAGCCAUCUUCUGGAUAGGAAUUCUUACUACGGUUUACCGUGUCGCACGUGGAAGCAGUCCGCAGGAUGAUCAGGUUACUGACCCGUCCUACUACCUCAACCAUGUCAUCUACCACACUCGCUAUGAGCCGGAAUCUUGGCGUGAUAGGCUACACACCGACGAAGUCCGCGCCGAGUUCACCGAGCUAUACCAACCCAAGAUCCUCAUAUUUGCAGAGGAGAUACUAAGCAUGGUUAUCACACCAUUCCUACUCAUAUUCCGCCUCCCAAAGUGCAGUGAACGCAUCGUCGACUUCUUCCGCGAGUUCUCCAUCGUCGUAGACGGCCUGGGCGUAACAUGCUCGUACUCCAUGUUCCCUUCUACAAAAACCACGCGAAAUGCUAAUAACAUCCCUGCAAACGCACCCGGGGCUCGUAGAGAGGAUCCCGAUCUCCGCGAGGACUACUUCAUGGCAAAGGACAACAAGAUGAUGGCUUCGUACUACGGCUUCCUGGACACCUACCAGACCCCUGCACGCGGCUCCAAUGGCCGUCUCCAAGGCCGCAGCAACUUCCACCCUCCACCACAAUUCCCCAAUACCUUUGGCACAAUGUCGCAGACUGCUCAACCUGUAGAUGUGGCCACAGCGAGGGGCACAAGCAGAGGUCCAGCAACCGGUCGACAGCCCAGUUUCCAGAACAAGCCACCGCGACAUAGACCAGGCGCUAGAGAUGACUCCUUCAACUCCGUCCUACUUGAUCCACAUCACCAGCCUUCUUCAGCAUCGAUACUACGUGGCUCUCCACGCCAGGCGGCGAACAACAGAUAUCGCACGCCCCUCCAGCCAGUGUCUGAUGCACCGGGACCGUCAAAUACGCGUAUCGAAGAGGAGAGUACGCUCGGCGACUCGUGGCGAACGAGUCGUCUUGCACAGGACGAGGAGGAGGAAGAAGCACCGCGAAAUAAUCGUGGGGGAGUCCUGCAGCUCUUGCAACAGUUUUCGAGGGCGCAGGCUGAAGGUAGGGGCGCUGGUGUUGGUGUUUGAAAGAGAGACUUGUUCGUGUUCUAUUGCAUUCGCAUAUGGGGUUGGUAGGCGUUUAUUGAUUAGGAAAUAUACCACUCAGCAUUUGUACAUAGCAAGGACGAUUAGCUUAUCCCAAUACUAUCUUGGAUAACUUGCA